AUGCUCGAAGAGCAGGCACUCCACGCGAGCGGAUACCUUGAGGCGUGCGAUCUUUCCACCUCGCCGUCCUCUCCCUGCCUUCUACGCGCUGCUGCUGCUUGCAGCAUGGUUCUAUUCUCUUCUCCAGGCUUCUCAGAGUCCUCGCUCAUCAGAAUUCCACUAUAUCAUAAUCGGAUGCUCGAAGAGCAGGCACUCCACGCGAGCGGAUACCUUGAGGCGUGCGAUCUUUCCACCUCGCCGUCCUCUCCCUGCCUUCUACGCGCUGCUGCUGCUUGCAGCAUGGUUCUAUUCUCUUCUCCAGGCUUCUCAGAGUCCUCGCUCAUCAGAAUUCCACUAUAUCAUAAUCGGAUGCUCGAAGAGCAGGCACUCCACGCGAGCGGAUACCUUGAGGCGUGCGAUCUUUCCACCUCGCCGUCCUCUCCCUGCCUUCUACGCGCUGCUGCUGCUUGCAGCAUGGUUCUAUUCUCUUCUCCAGGCUUCUCAGAGUCCUCGCUCAUCAGAAUUCCACUAUAUCAUAAUCGGAUGCUCGAAGAGCAGGCACUCCACGCGAGCGGAUACCUUGAGGCGUGCGAUCUUUCCACCUCGCCGUCCUCUCCCUGCCUUCUACGCGCUGCUGCUGCUUGCAGCAUGGUUCUAUUCUCUUCUCCAGGCUUCUCAGAGUCCUCGCUCAUCAGAAUUCCACUAUAUCAUAAUCGGAUGCUCGAAGAGCAGGCACUCCACGCGAGCGGAUACCUUGAGGCGUGCGAUCUUUCCACCUCGCCGUCCUCUCCCUGCCUUCUACGCGCUGCUGCUGCUUGCAGCAUGGUUCUAUUCUCUUCUCCAGGCUUCUCAGAGUCCUCGCUCAUCAGAAUUCCACUAUAUCAUAAUCGGAUGCUCGAAGAGCAGGCACUCCACGCGAGCGGAUACCUUGAGGCGUGCGAUCUUUCCACCUCGCCGUCCUCUCCCUGCCUUCUACGCGCAGCUGCUGCUUGCAGCAUGGUUCUAUUCUCUUCUCCAGGCUUCUCAGAGUCCUCGCUCAUCAGAAUUCCACUAUAUCAUAAUCGGAUGCUCGAAGAGCAGGCACUCCACGCGAGCGGAUACCUUGAGGCGUGCGAUCUUUCCACCUCGCCGUCCUCUCCCUGCCUUCUACGCGCAGCUGCUGCUUGCAGCAUGGUGCUAUUCUCUUCUCCAGGCUUCUCAGAGUCCUCGCUCAUCAGAAUUCCACUAUAUCAUAAUCGGAUGCUCGAAGAGCAGGCACUCCACGCGAGCGGAUACCUUGAGGCGUGCGAUCUUUCCACCUCGCCGUCCUCUCCCUGCCUUCUACGCGCUGCUGCUGCUUGCAGCAUGGUUCUAUUCUCUUCUCCAGGCUUCUCAGAGUCCUCGCUCAUCAGAAUUCCACUAUAUCAUAAUCGGAUGCUCGAAGAGCAGGCACUCCACGCGAGCGGAUACCUUGAGGCGUGCGAUCUUUCCACCUCGCCGUCCUCUCCCUGCCUUCUACGCGCUGCUGCUGCUUGCAGCAUGGUUCUAUUCUCUUCUCCAGGCUUCUCAGAGUCCUCGCUCAUCAGAAUUCCACUAUAUCAUAAUCGGAUGCUCGAAGAGCAGGCACUCCACGCGAGCGGAUACCUUGAGGCGUGCGAUCUUUCCACCUCGCCGUCCUCUCCCUGCCUUCUACGCGCUGCUGCUGCUUGCAGCAUGGUUCUAUUCUCUUCUCCAGGCUUCUCAGAGUCCUCGCUCAUCAGAAUUCCACUAUAUCAUAAUCGGAUGCUCGAAGAGCAGGCACUCCACGCGAGCGGAUACCUUGAGGCGUGCGAUCUUUCCACCUCGCCGUCCUCUCCCUGCCUUCUACGCGCUGCUGCUGCUUGCAGCAUGGUUCUAUUCUCUUCUCCAGGCUUCUCAGAGUCCUCGCUCAUCAGAAUUCCACUAUAUCAUAAUCGGAUGCUCGAAGAGCAGGCACUCCACGCGAGCGGAUACCUUGAGGCGUGCGAUCUUUCCACCUCGCCGUCCUCUCCCUGCCUUCUACGCGCUGCUGCUGCUUGCAGCAUGGUUCUAUUCUCUUCUCCAGGCUUCUCAGAGUCCUCGCUCAUCAGAAUUCCACUAUAUCAUAAUCGGAUGCUCGAAGAGCAGGCACUCCACGCGAGCGGAUACCUUGAGGCGUGCGAUCUUUCCACCUCGCCGUCCUCUCCCUGCCUUCUACGCGCAGCUGCUGCUUGCAGCAUGGUUCUAUUCUCUUCUCCAGGCUUCUCAGAGUCCUCGCUCAUCAGAAUUCCACUAUAUCAUAAUCGGAUGCUCGAAGAGCAGGCACUCCACGCGAGCGGAUACCUUGAGGCGUGCGAUCUUUCCACCUCGCCGUCCUCUCCCUGCCUUCUACGCGCUGCUGCUGCUUGCAGCAUGGUUCUAUUCUCUUCUCCAGGCUUCUCAGAGUCCUCGCUCAUCAGAAUUCCACUAUAUCAUAAUCGGAUGCUCGAAGAGCAGGCACUCCACGCGAGCGGAUACCUUGAGGCGUGCGAUCUUUCCACCUCGCCGUCCUCUCCCUGCCUUCUACGCGCUGCUGCUGCUUGCAGCAUGGUUCUAUUCUCUUCUCCAGGCUUCUCAGAGUCCUCGCUCAUCAGAAUUCCACUAUAUCAUAAUCGGAUGCUCGAAGAGCAGGCACUCCACGCGAGCGGAUACCUUGAGGCGUGCGAUCUUUCCACCUCGCCGUCCUCUCCCUGCCUUCUACGCGCUGCUGCUGCUUGCAGCAUGGUUCUAUUCUCUUCUCCAGGCUUCUCAGAGUCCUCGCUCAUCAGAAUUCCACUAUAUCAUAAUCGGAUGCUCGAAGAGCAGGCACUCCACGCGAGCGGAUACCUUGAGGCGUGCGAUCUUUCCACCUCGCCGUCCUCUCCCUGCCUUCUACGCGCUGCUGCUGCUUGCAGCAUGGUUCUAUUCUCUUCUCCAGGCUUCUCAGAGUCCUCGCUCAUCAGAAUUCCACUAUAUCAUAAUCGGAUGCUCGAAGAGCAGGCACUCCACGCGAGCGGAUACCUUGAGGCGUGCGAUCUUUCCACCUCGCCGUCCUCUCCCUGCCUUCUACGCGCAGCUGCUGCUUGCAGCAUGGUGCUAUUCUCUUCUCCAGGCUUCUCAGAGUCCUCGCUCAUCAGAAUUCCACUAUAUCAUAAUCGGAUGCUCGAAGAGCAGGCACUCCACGCGAGCGGAUACCUUGAGGCGUGCGAUCUUUCCACCUCGCCGUCCUCUCCCUGCCUUCUACGCGCAGCUGCUGCUUGCAGCAUGGUUCUAUUCUCUUCUCCAGGCUUCUCAGAGUCCUCGCUCAUCAGAAUUCCACUAUAUCAUAAUCGGAUGCUCGAAGAGCAGGCACUCCACGCGAGCGGAUACCUUGAGGCGUGCGAUCUUUCCACCUCGCCGUCCUCUCCCUGCCUUCUACGCGCUGCUGCUGCUUGCAGCAUGGUUCUAUUCUCUUCUCCAGGCUUCUCAGAGUCCUCGCUCAUCAGAAUUCCACUAUAUCAUAAUCGGAUGCUCGAAGAGCAGGCACUCCACGCGAGCGGAUACCUUGAGGCGUGCGAUCUUUCCACCUCGCCGUCCUCUCCCUGCCUUCUACGCGCUGCUGCUGCUUGCAGCAUGGUUCUAUUCUCUUCUCCAGGCUUCUCAGAGUCCUCGCUCAUCAGAAUUCCACUAUAUCAUAAUCGGAUGCUCGAAGAGCAGGCACUCCACGCGAGCGGAUACCUUGAGGCGUGCGAUCUUUCCACCUCGCCGUCCUCUCCCUGCCUUCUACGCGCUGCUGCUGCUUGCAGCAUGGUUCUAUUCUCUUCUCCAGGCUUCUCAGAGUCCCUCGCUCAUCAGAAUUCCACUAUAUCAUAA